UAUGUGGGCGGCCUGACAAGUCAGGUUUCUGUUUAGGAAUCAUGUUCACAGUGUUUUAAAGAGGAUGUGAGCACCAGUGGGCGAGAAAACAGGACUGUUGCCCCCUGACAAUCCAUGGGAGGUGAAUGUCUGGCCCCCCAGUACUGAGACCUGUUAGGAUGCAGCCCUUGUGGAUAAGCACCGGGACUCUCCUGCUCUCAAUCCUGCUACCGUGGCCAGUCACAGGGCAAUUCCAUGUGAUAGGACCGAGGUCGCCGGUCAUCGCUGUGGUUGAGGAAGAGAUUGUGCUGCCCUGUCAGCUCAGCCCUCCAAGGGACGCUGGAGACAUGGAGGUGAGGUGGUACCGAGCCCACUCCCCGGGUCUGGUGCAUCGUUACCCAAGCCCCCAGGACCCCGCGGAGCCGCAAAGGCAGGAUUACCGAGCAAGGGCAGAGGUCCUGCUGGAGAACGCCACCCGUGGGCUCGUGUCCCUGAGGGUCCGUCCUGUCCACGCUUCCGACGGCGGGGAGUACACGUGUUUCUUUGAGAGUCCCACCUACUACAACGAAGCAAAAUUCGAGGUGUUGGUCACAGGCACAGGUAUGGCUCCUCAUAUUCACAUUGAGUCUGGUAACACCAAGGGCAUUAAGGUGACCUGCACAUCCACAGGGUGGUACCCAGAGCCUGAGGUGCAGUGGAAGGACCUGCAAGGACUGCAUUUGACACCAGCCUCUGAGACAAAGACAAUAGAAGGAAAUGGCCUAUUUCACGUGCAAUCAUCUAUCAUAGUGGACAACAGUUCAAAAAAUGUGUCCUGUGUCAUAAGAAACCCAGUUCUUGGUGUGGAGAAGGGAGCACGUGUUUCUGUGGCAGAUGCCUUGUUCCCAAGGAACAGUCCUUGGAUAGUGGGACUGGCUGUGUUCGUGGCUCUGCUGGUAUUCGGCAUGAUAAUUAUCAGUAUAUUAUUUCUGCGUGCUAAAAAAGCCAAAGGUUCUCUCAAGGAGGAGAAUGGUUCCCUCAAAGAGAAGCAUGGUUCACUCAAUGAGAAGCAUGGUGAGCUCCGAGAACAAUAUGGAAAGCUUCAUGAAGAACUUGGUAAAUGGUGGUUUUAUGUGAGCAUAGGAUUGAAACUUGCUCGGUGUUAUGCAGAGGGCGUUACUCUGGACCGAAAAACAGCUCACCCAUAUCUCCAGAUUGCAAAGGACAACAAAAGUGUGAGAGGAGGGGAAGUCUUCCAGGAUCUGCCCAAGUGCAGGCAGCGGUUUGAUACCCUGGUGUGUGUAUUGGGUCAGCAGAUUUUCUUCAAAGGUAAACACUACUGGGAAGUGAGUGUGAAAGAGAAAAUAAAAUGGACCUUAGGCAUUUGUAAGGAUUCUGUCUGUAGACAGGGGGAAAUCCAGCUGUCCCCAGAGGUUGGGUUCUGGACCUUAUGCUUAAAUAAAAAAAAUGACUACCAGGCCCUUGCAAAUCCACGGGUGCCACUCCAUCUUGAAGAGUCUCCUGAGAUUGUUGGAAUAUUCCUGGACUAUGAAGCUGGGAGGGUCUCCUUUUAUAAUGUGACCAGCCUGACCCACAUCUACACCUACAGAGAGUGCUUCAGAGAGGCUCUGAGGCCAUACUUCUAUCCUGGCCCCCUCCACAAUGGUCAAAAUGGACACCCUCUGAUCAUCCAGAAUUAG